AUGCGAGGAGCUCCUGCAGAGCUGACGUUGUCGCUCCUUUGUCACCUGAGUCACCUCCGUGCCACACGUGUCACCUCCGUCGAUGCGUCCGCUCCAGCGAGGCACGUGUGGCUCAGUGGCGCCCAGGCGGAGAUCUGCCUGCAGCGCGAGGCGCACCUCGCGUGGCUGAAGCGAGGCUUCACCUCGCUGCCGCCCAACUUCGCCGGUUUGGAUGCUUCGCGGCCGUGGUUCGUCUUCUGGAUCGCCCAUGCGAUGGAAGUCUUGGGCGACUUCGAUGAUCAUUGGGCACCCAAGGUCGCCUCCUUCCUGAGCCACUGCCAGGACCCCACGGGUGGCUUCGCCGGCGGCCCCUCACAGCUGCCACACUUGGCGCCCACCUACGCGGCGGUCUCCGCGCUCAUGGUCGCGGGGACGGAGGAAGCCUACCAGGUGGUCGAUCGCGCUGCCAUGUACGACUUUCUCAUGCGGAUGAAGAGCCCAGAAGGUGGCUUCAAAAUGCACGACGAGGGCGAGACCGACAUGCGCGGCUGUUACUGCGCGAUCGCUGUGGCCUCCAUGUUGCACAUCUUGACCGAUGAGCUCAUGGAGGGCAUUCCGGAGUACAUUUGCAGAUGUCAGACCUGGGAGGGCGGUAUUGCCGGCGAGGAGGGCUUAGAAGCCCAUGGUGGAUAUUCCUACUGUGGCCUUGCGACACUGUGCAUUGCAGGGAAAGCAGACGCCCUGGAUUUGCAUGGCUUCCUGAAGUGGGCCGUGCACAAGCAGAUGACCCAUGAGGGUGGCUUCCAGGGCAGAGCGAACAAACUGGUGGAUUCCUGCUACUCUUUCUGGCAGGGCGCCAUCUUCCCCCUGCUGCACGAAGCCUUUCGGCAAGGCGGCAGCGAAAAGGUGCCCUUGCCCAAAGACCACUGCUGGUUUGCCCCGGAGCCACUGCAGAUGUACCUCCUCUUGGCGUGUCAACAUCCGGCGGGCGGGUUGAGAGACAAGCCCAACAAAUCAGCGGAUUUCUAUCACACCUGCUAUGCCUUGAGUGGUAUGGCCGUGAGUCAAUAUGACGUGUCCAACCACACUCCACUGCUGGGAGAUCUCGGCAACUUGUUGGAACGGACGGAUGCUCGGUCAGAUCAACGCAAAAAAAAACCAAGCACCUUAGUAUCCAAGGAUGCUACUUUUAGCUCCUGGCAUUACUACUAG